AUGGAUGAGAUAUACCAUAAGAUCGCCGAGUUCAAUUCACGGCGAAUCGUCCAAACGCACGACGUCCUUUCGUUCAAGUAUAGUGAGCUUUGGAGCAGGGAUGAUACUGGCAUUGUCGACUACCAUGAAGGGGUCACUACAAUACCUGAUGUCGCCUCCUGGCUGGCCAUGGAGACGCGAACAGGAACGACAGGUCCAGAGUCGCUAAUUCUGCGCCUGAUAUGGCCUAAGUUCAUCCUCGACGAUAACUGCGUUGAGCUUCCCGAAGAUUCCAAGAAUCAGAUUCUAGAGAAGUUUGAUCUUGAGCUUGCAUAUAAUUAUUUCUCGAGUUGUGUCGCGGGCGUCAACGCCUUUCCUGAGAUUGUCAAGUCUGAAGCAACCCAGCAGGCCUACACUUUUUGCUAUGCGCCUAAGCUUGCGUCUAUAUGGUCACAUACUCGCUUCAGGCCACCUUCUUUGCGACCAGGGGCCACAUAUGGCAUGAUUCUGGCUGGCGAUAAAGAGCAGCAUUAUUUGAAGAAGCUUCUCAAGAGCAAAAGCAAAUGGAGCCUUAGCACAGCAAGCCAUGCCAUGUUUCCUGCAUUUCUCUUUGCUUUCAUGUUUCAUGGAGAGAUUGAGGUAACGCAGAACAACAUGAAGCCUGGCAUCCAGCAGAUAGAAGCGCGGACAGGGUACUCAGACUUCAAGACUGAACGGAAACAUAUCGCGGCUGGUGAGCUAGGCACACUCAGCGCACAGAUGAGCGGAUUCGCAGUCCGCCUAGCGAGUACAGAAAGGAAGGAUAAGACGUUACAGAAGCUUCUCGAGUUUGUCCAGCAACGACUGAGCCUUGGCCAAAGCUCGAACCCCGAAGCAGACGAGCUGAUGAAGAACCAUGUCGGCGUUCUCCAGAAACGGUUGAUGAUGCAGGCCAUGGACAGGGAGUAUACCUUGAAGAGAGUGCAAAUCCAAAUUGAUGUGUUGAAUAAUCUCAUAUCAGAGAACUACAGCCUUUCCAACUAUAUCAUCUCUAUAUCUACUCUUCGCGACGCUGCAUCCAUGAAGACACUGGCGUUUGUGACAAUGUUCUUUUUACCAGGCAGUUUCAUUUCGGCUCUCUUCUCGACCGAUCUCUUCGAUUGGGACAGUGCACAAGCUGAUGGAGGAGAUAUCGGGAUCAAAACCACACCGCAGUUUCGAUUAUACUGGGCCGUCACCAUACCACUUACCCUCAUCACGUUUAUACUCUAUUUUAUGUGGGCUGAGUUCUCCAGCUUUGAUCGGAGCCAAAGAAGAGAACGGAGAAGAUGGGGCUUUCCCAGAACUGAGAGUAUGAAAGCUCAAGAUCAAACCCGGUCACCGAUGCAAGUAUUGAAAGACCAACGCGAACGUGUUAGUGAGGCGUAUGCGAUGGCAAAGAGGAGACAAACUGUCUUCGGACAAGGUGAUAAAGAUGAAUCGAUAGGUGCAAGGAAUGAAUAG